GGUGACAACCCCUACAUGCGGAUCAUGACCGAGAAGUUCGGGGCGCAGUGCAAGGUCUGCAACCGUCCCUUCACGACCUUCCGCUGGUGUCCCGGCCUUAAGAUGCGCUACAAGAAGACGGAGAUCUGUCAGACGUGCGCGAGAGCUAAGAAUAUCUGCCAGACGUGUCUCCUGGACCUCCAGUACGGCCUACCCGUGCAGGUGAGGGACCAGUUGCUGCAGACGAAGCUCGAGAUACCGAAAUCGGACAUCAAUCGCGAGUACUUCAGUCAGAAUCUGGAUAUAGCCGUCGCUAACAGCGACGCCACCGAAGCGUACGGCGCUCUCAAGUCGGCGCCGCCGUCCGACGUUUUGGCGAAGUUGGCCCGCAAUUCGCCAUAUUAUAAGAGGAAUAGACCGCAUAUUUGCAGCUUUUGGGUCAAAGGCGAGUGCAAGAGAGGCGAUGAGUGUCCGUAUCGGCACGAGAAGCCCAACGACCCGGAGGACCCCCUCAGCGACCAGAACAUCAAAGACCGGUACUUCGGUGUCAACGAUCCCGUGGCCGAGAAGCUACUGAAACGGGCCUCAGAGAUACCCCGACCCAUCGCCCCGGAGGACAAGUCCAUCACCACUAUAUACGUGGGAAACGUGGGCCCAAUGAUCGAGGAACGGGAUCUCCGCGACUACUUCUACCAGUUCGGGGAGAUCCGUACGAUUACAUCCAUUUCCCGGCAGAACUGCGCGUUCGUUCAGUACACGACUCGGGCGGCGGCGGAACUGGCGGUCGACAAGUCCUACCAGAAGCUCGUCAUUCACGGCCAGAAGUUGACGAUAAGGUGGGGUAAAUCGCAGGCUAAGCGGUCGGGUGUGGGCCCCGACGGCGAGGAGGCGGGCGGUAGUGGUGGUGGUGUUAAGGCGUCGAAGUUGGCGCCGGUGCCUGGUUUACCAGUGGGCGCACCCGACUAUUUCGGGUUAGCCGGUGCCGGACCCUCCAGUUCGGCGACGAUUAGUAUACCGCAGUUGGCGCCGCCUAUUAUAGGCGCCCCCGCACUGAAUCAACAGAUCCAUUACCCCUCCCAAGAUCCUAACCGUAUGGGUUCGGUAGGCAUUAAGUUGCCGGCGUUUAAUCGCGAGUAGGCCUUUCCUAGUAGUUUAUGUACUAAUUUUUUUUGUGACAAAACUUAUGUUUUUUAUUUCAUAUUAAAUUUUUCCAUUCAAUCAUUUAAUUAAUAAGAA